AGCAGAGACAGCCAAAUAUUUGACAAACUAGCUAUCGUUGGCUAGCGAGCUAGCUGGUUAAAUAAUACACCGUUAAAAAUCGUUUUACUUAAACUUGAGUCGCUUAGGUGUAUGCUUAAGAUUUAGGUUUCCGUAUAAACAGGAUGUCAACACCAGCAAGGCGACGUUUGAUGAGAGAUUUUAAACGGCUCCAAGAGGAUCCUCCAGCUGGAGUUAGUGGGGCCCCUUCAGAAAACAACAUUAUGGUUUGGAAUGCUGUCAUUUUUGGACCAGAGGGAACACCUUUUGAAGAUGGAACCUUCAAACUUACCAUUGAAUUUACAGAGGAAUAUCCAAAUAAACCUCCAACAGUGCGAUUUGUUUCCAAAAUGUUUCAUCCAAAUGUGUAUGCAGAUGGAAGCAUAUGCUUAGAUAUACUUCAGAAUCGUUGGAGUCCAACCUAUGAUGUCUCAUCUAUCUUAACUUCAAUACAGUCUUUACUGGAUGAGCCAAACCCAAACAGUCCAGCCAACAGCCAAGCAGCCCAGCUGUACCAGGAAAACAAGCGGGAGUACGAGAAGAGGGUUUCUGCUAUUGUUGAACAGAGUUGGCGUGACUGUUGACCCCUGUUAUUGUUCAUUUAUGAACAGUGUCCAGCCCAGAACCAUGAAACCACCGAUCAAGAAAACUGAUCUCACAGAAAAACAAUGACACAUCUUUAAAAUCCUUCUCAGUAUAUUUGUCCCAUAACUGUUGCUAAGUUUGUAAGCUGUUGUGUUGUGGCAUUCACUCCUGACGAAUGCUAUUGUUGGGCAAUAGCGUAUGUUUGUUAAAAGUUAAUGUACCUUGUUAUAUCUGGGUUACUUGCUACAUGCCCCAACUUUUUUUUUCUUUUAAAAAAGGCAACAGCCAGACUCUCAGUUGUCACUUUUCUACCUGUUUAUUUAGAUAUGAAGUAAACUGGUUGAAUCCUACAGUGACAGUUUACUAGAUUUUGCUUGCUGUGUGGUUUGCUGUGUAGAUGCCAACAAGUCACAUUUACAAAAAAAAUAAUAAUGGGUGUUUCACCUAUUUCAGUGGGCUCACUUACUUUCUUUGCCUUUUGAAAGCCUUUCAGGGGGAUCAGUUUAACAAAACAUAACCUGGCAUGGACGUUUAUCCCUCUGACAAGUUGUCAACUCAACAGAUGCCUUUGGGGGUCUUUUUUCAUGCCUUUGAUUUUAAGAACUGCUCUAGAUAUUGGUGAACAUGUUUGUCCCUACUGUACACAGAUACAAGACAUUUAAGACCCUUUCCUGGCACUUAACUUUGUUUUGUGCACACUUUCAUAAAGCUGACAUUUAAAGGCUGUGUGAGAACAUUUGUAUGCUAUUUUACAAUCUUACAAAUCAGCUGUCAUAAUAGGCUGAAUAUACUGUUUAAAUAGGAUGAUGUCUGUUUUCAGAUUAUAAAACUUUGCACUGGUAACCCAUGUAACAAACUGUACAUUUUCUUGUAAAUAAAAUAAAUAUACAUCA